AGGCAGUGCAGGGAGACACGUGGUCACUAAUAACGCCCAACCCACAUUCCAAAUACCUCGUCACUCCGGGCACCCCAGCUUUGGAACCCCAACCCAACCCAUCUCCUUCCCUGGAGUUCCCCUGUUUCCACGCAGUUUCAAUUCGUUAAACAAAGAACCAUCACUGUGUUACAAUUCUUGAAUUUCUGAUGCAUUUCUUCUUUUACUGUUGUCAAUAUUAUUUUUGAAGAUAAUCGCAAAAGAUUUUCCUUUUGUUUUUGUUUUUUUUUUUUCUUUUAGAAAUCCAUUAUUGAGAUUCAAGAUAUUUUCCUUGAGUAUUGGCUCAAGUUUUGUAUGGAAUUUGGGGAACCUGCGAAUCAUCAUUCUAUUGAUCUUGGUGUUGGAGCUGGGAAUCCUGCGGUUCCACGCGUAAUUCCUGGACCGCAGCCAAUUGGGUUGGCGACUAUCAAUCUUGCUCCCGUGCUGCCUCAACUAGUUGCCCCUUUAAGCUUUGGAUUCAGCCCUGAUAUGUUCAUCAGAAUGGAGAUGGAAAGGUCAUUGUCUCUGUAUCAGAUGAUGAUCAACGAGGGUUUGAUGCCAUCACCAGAGGAGGAAAUCAGGCGGAGAAAUGUCAUUCACAAGCUAAAAAAGAUAGUAAUGGAAUGGAUUAAGAGGGUAGCUUAUCGACACCAACUCCCUAAAAGAUACCUCAGAAGUGCUUCUGCUACAAUAUUGACAUAUGGAUCCUAUGGUCUUGGGGUUCAUAAUUCGGAGUCAGACAUUGAUGUAUUGUGUGUUGUCCCUUGCUUUGCUAAUAUGGCGGAAGAUUUUUUCAUUGUUUUGUACAACAUACUUGCAAGCAGACCUGAAAUAUCAGAGAUCCAAUGUAUCAAGGAUGCAAAAGUUCCUUUAAUGCGUUUUAAAUUUGAUGGGAUCCCCGUUGAUCUUCCAUAUGCUCAACUUAAAGUAGUAUCCAUUCCAGAGAAUGUGGAUGUCUUCAACCCAUUCUUUAUGAGGAAUAUUGAUGAGAGCAGCUGGAAAAGUUUAUCCGGAAUACGUGCUAAUAGAAGUAUAAUGUACCUUUUGCCAAACAUCGAGCUUUUCCAAACACUGCUACGCUGCAUUAAAUUAUGGGCAAAGAGACGAGGAUUGUAUGGAAAUUUGGUUGGAUUUUUUGGAGGGAUUCAUUUAGCAGUCCUUUCAGCAUUCAUUUGUCAAAAGCAUCCAGCAGCAAGCUUGAGUACCCUCGUUUCUAUAUUCUUCAAGACAUUUGCCUUUUGGCCUUGUCCAACUCCAGUAGUUCUCCACGAUGGGUUGACACGCUCAUUCAUUCCCAGCGAAAAGCUUGGCUUUCUGCCUAUCCAGUUGCCAGGUAGCGAAUGUGAUUUCUGCCAUUCUAACAUCACGAGAAGUACAUUCCAGAAAAUCCGAACAGAGUUUCUCAGGGGACAUGUUUUGACAAAGGACAUGUUGAGUCCAGCUUUUGAUUGGACUAUCCUGUUUGAACCUUUUCCUUAUGCAAAGAAGUACGGACAACUACUCAAAAUAUUCCUUUCAGCUUCUGACAAAGAUGGACUAGGUAACUGGGUUGGCUGUGUCAAGUCUCGCUUCCGCUGGCUUCUGGUUAAGCUGGAGGAAUUACAGGGCUUUUGUGAUCCCAACCCGACAGAAUACAUUGACAUUGAUGAUUCAGAAGUAAACGUGGUGUUCUAUUGGGGAUUACAACCUGGAAGGAAUAACUUCAUCGACAUAGAGUCAGUUGAGGAGGAUUUCCGGAAAAACAUAAGCAACAUAUAUCAAGGGUCUACUGGAAGAAUGAAGUUAUCGAUAGUGAGAUCUUCCCAACUGCCCAAGAAGGCAGAGUAUAGCAAUAGCAGCAGCUGCUGCAGUGGAUACAGGAGCUGGAAAGAAAUAUCUGCAAAGGCCAUGAAACAGAAGGGGCAACAUAUUGAUGGAGGAGGAGGAGGAGGAGGAUAUUUGGGUGCAAAUAAUGGUGCAGAGGGGGCUUAGGCUCUCUCUCUCUCUCUCUCAUAUAUAUAUAUAUAUAUAUGCAGAAGAAGCACACAAAGAAUGAAAGAAAACAAGAAAAGUUGAUGAUUCGCAGGGGGCUGUACAGCUAGCUUUGUUUAACCCAUUUAAGAGAAACACAACAGAAAACAGAGCGGAUAAUCGGAGGAAGAGUAGCUUUGUUCUUGAACCCAAAACACGUACAACACAUCCAUGACUGACAAAACAAACAUGGAUUUGGUUAAUUGUAAAAUUUCAUUUCAUGCGGUCUUGUAAAUACUCGUGUACGUGUUUCCCUUUAGCUGAAACAUUAAAAAGAAGAAAGUGACUGCGUGCCACAAAAUUUUAAA